AUGGCAAAGACAUCCAAGGCGAGCGCACCAAAAGUAACCAGUACAUCAUUUGCAGUUUUAAGAGAUUUCAAAGAAGCAUUUGAGACUUCUAAAAAGGCAUAUUUUGCACAAAUUGACAAUAAUCCUAAACUAAAAUUGAUUGAUACAUUUUGCUUUUUUUUGGUGUUAUUGGGGAUAAUCCAGUUCACGUUCAUCAUUCUAAUCCGUGAUAACUUCCCCUUCAAUGCAUUUUUAUCUGGCUUCAUUAUUUGUGUUGGACAAUUUGUCUUGUUGAUGAGUUUAAGGCUGCAAUUGUGUAAUACUUUUCCAGGAAUUUCGAAAAGCAGAGCUUUUGGUGAGUUUAUCGUUGCUAGUUUGAUUUUACAUUUCGUUUGCUUACAUUUUAUAAAUUGA